AUGGGCCAACACUUUGCCAUGGCCGAUUGCCAAGCCGACGCCAAAGCGGCGGAAGCGGAAGCUGUGUCUGUUGUGGGAGCGCAUAAACAUCAGAACUUGUUCUUCACUCAAAUUCAACAUGCUUCAGGAGCGGUCGAGAUCGUGGAUCUGCAGUGCAUCCUGGGCUCAGCUGGUCGCAUACAUCGGAGGGAAGUUGGUCGAGAGGAGUCUCGGGAGUACAUUUUUGACCCAAUUUUUGAACCUGGAAUGAUACACUGGCGUCCUUCACUCGUCUAUUUCAUCCACUGCCAGAGUCAAGAGUGUUACAGAGAAGCUCUAGACAUCCGAGGGGUGGUAUUGCGGUGGUAA